AUGACUGACGAGGACUCUGAGAGCGUCCACACCGAUUCCCAGACGGGAGAGGACAGCGAGCUUCCUGUUAUCCAGCUGUGCGGGCUGGUGGAGGAGCUCAGCUAUGGAAACUCUGCUCUCAAAACGGAGACAGAGAUGUUUGAGAAAUAUUGCUGUAAACUGGAGUCUAGGGAAUACCGACCUCUGCGAAUUUCAGAUGUUAAAAUAACAGCAGCAGAAUUUGCACAGUUACGGAGCAGGCGUAAAUCCAAACCCCGGGCAGGUGACCGUAUGAUAAGCCUCAGUGUUGAACAAAAACUUGACCUUGUGCAAAAGGAGCUGGAAGACAUGAAGGACGAGUUGAGGCACAUGAAGGCAAAUGCUGAGCGGGACCUGCAGUACCACGAGGCUAUCAUCGAGGAAGCUGAUAUUCGGUGGACUGAAGUCCAGAGAGCAGUGCAUGACUUUGAAAAAGAUAUUCUAAGAACCAUAUCCAAGAAGAAAGGGAGUAUUUUGGCCACUGAGAAAGUGUUGAAGUACAUCGAGGACAUGAACCACCGGCGGGAUAAUUUGAGGGAUAAAUUACGUUUGAAGAAUAUUUCUCUCAAAGUUCAGAGGAAAAAACUUCUUUUACAAUUGAGGCAGAAGGAAGAGGUGGGCGAGGCGCUCCAUGACGUUGAUUUUCAGCAGUUGAAGAUUGAGAAUGCUCAGUUUUUAGAGACGAUUGAAGCACGGAAUCAAGAACUGAUCCAGUUGAAACUGUCAUCCGGAAAUACCCUGCAGAUCCUCAACGCAUACAAAAGCAAGCUUCACCGAGCGGUGGAAAUGUUCAUCUGUCUGGGCAAGGAGAUCUUGCUGAGAAAAGAGCUUCUUGAAAAAAUUGAUAAAGAAACCAUACAAGUAGAGGAGGAUAGGGCCAAAGCUGAGGCUGCCAACAAGAAGUUGCGGAAGCAACUGGCCGAGUUCCGGGCGCCACAGGUGAUGGUGUACCUCCGGGAGAAGAUCCUCAAUGUGGAGAUGGAGAAGACCAUCAAGAUGUGGGAAAGGAAAGUGGAAAUUGCAGAGAUGUCCCUGAAAGGCUACCGCAAGGCUUGGGAUAAAAUAAAGGCAAGCAACGAGGAAUUGCAAGCAAUUGGCUCUCCUGGGAAAUAGCUAGGGGCAGGA